GCCUAAUAUAAUCUCUCUAGCCAACACUAAGCUUCUUUUAACUCGUCUCUGUGACCCAACAGCACAGAAAGGCCUCAACUUUUUUUUUCCCUUCCUCCUAUUUAUUGUGCUAUUCCGUUAAUUUUGUUGUUUUCUGCACUAAAAGGGGCGACUCCCCCUUUUUCCUCUCCUCUCUUCUCUCUCGUCUCAUGGGUUUUUCUUUCUAAAUCUCUUUUAUUAGAAUCUGAGAUAUAAUCUUAAAGAUCCCACAAAAACUCUGGAGCCAUGGUGAGGCGCCAUGGAUGGCAGCUCCCUGCUCACACCUUUCAGUAUGUUAGACGCCGAAGGUUACAAAGGCAAGUGCAUGAGGUGCCAAAGGUGCCCACACUAUCGCUGGAGGCAUGUGAGGUUGUAGCUAUCACAGUAUUCUUCCUACUGGUUGUUGCGUUCUAUGCCUUUUUUGCUCCUUUCCUGGGUAAACGCAUCUUUCAGUAUGUGGCAAUUGCCAUAUAUACUCCUGUGGCACUUGUGGUGUUUGUCCUUUAUAUUCGGUGUACACGUAUUAAUCCUGCUGAUCCUGGAAUCAUGGAGAAAUUUGAUGAGGAAAUUCUCAGUGAACCAAACGACAACCAUGGAUUGCCUGCUAGUUUUGGGACCAAUAGAACUGGUAUACAAUCUUCGCCAUCUUCAGCGUGUAGAAGCUCUAUAGAUGGUGAUUACAGGAGAAAAGUUCCACCUGGAGAAAGAGGAAAAAUUGACUCACAGAGAGUUUCUCUAAGGAGAAGGCGAUCAUCUUGCCAUUUCUUUGGAGGAAUGCUGUGUGUUCCGUUUGCAAAAGAUGACUGCCGCAAAGAUGAGAUUUCUGAGCAAGAAGCGGGUGGUGAAGAUGCUUUAUUUUGUACUCUCUGCAAUGCUGAGGUCCGCAAGUUCAGUAAGCAUUGCAGAAGUUGUGAUAAAUGUGUUGAUGGAUUUGAUCAUCAUUGUCGGUGGCUUAAUAACUGCGUCGGGAGGAAAAAUUAUGUGACAUUUAUCUCUCUUAUGGCCACAAGCCUUAUUUGGCUAGUAAUUGAAUUUGGAGUUGGUGUUGCUGUUCUUGUGCUCUGCUUUGUUGAUAAGAAGGUAACAGAAAGUAACAUCGUGGAUAAGCUCGGAAAUGGUUUUUCUCGUGCUCCUUUUGCUACUGUCGUGGCCAUUUGUACGGCACUUUCGCUCCUGGCAUGUGUACCCUUGGGAGAACUGUUCUUCUUCCACAUCAUACUGAUCAGAAAGGGGAUAACAACCUAUGAAUAUGUUGUGGCAAUGAAAGCUAUGAGCGAAGCACCUCCAGGAUCUGCUGAUGAAGAGGGUACAAAUCCUAUGUAUUCGCCAACAAAUUCGGCAACUACAGGGCUAAGUAUUGGAAGCUCUCUUGGCCUCCAGUAUAAAGGUGUCUGGUGCACUCCACCGAGGAUUUUGGAUCAUCAGGAUGAAGUGAUUCAUCAUCUCGAACCUGGAAUGGUUUCCUCCACUGUCGAUCCUGAUGCUGCUGGUCAAGCUGAACGAGCUUCAAAAGCCAAAAAGGCCGUAAAGAUCAGUGCAUGGAAGCUUGCCAAGCUUGAUGCUGGAGAGGCCGUUAAGGCCGCGGCAAAAGCUCGAGCCUCCUCCUCGGUCCUCAGGCCUAUUGACGGACGUCACCGCUUCCCUUCAGAUGCUGCCUCCAGUGACAAUGCAAGUAUCAGAAGCAGCAUGAGCUUGGACCCAAAGGCCUCACAAGCUAGGCUACCUCCCCUUGGAAACUCUUAUCCUCAGAGUCUUGCGAGCAAAGAAGAUUAUGAGAUUUGUACACCAACCGCUAGCAGCGUGAGUAGUCCGGCUUGGACUGCGGUCCAUGAGCCGGUCGUCAGUGUGAGCCUGAAUCCUAACCCAAUGCCAGCUCACCUUCCUCUCCCUGAUCGUCCUUUGGGUCUGAGAGGGCCUCUUCCGAGGGCGUCGGUUGUGUGGGACCAAGAAGCGGGUCGGUACGUGUCAAUGCCAGCCGAAACUAGGGUUUCAGCUACGAACGCUAGGCAGAAUACCCACAUGUUUGGGCCUGAGAGAUUAACGUACACUGGGCAGUCGAUAUUUUUUGGGGGACCACUUCUUGGUGCAGCAGCGAGAGAUGGGCCGAGGGCUGAGGGAAGCAUCAGAUUGAGACCGGAGACUGAGACUGAGACGGGUCCAAAUGCAGGACGCAAUGAAGGAAGGAGGGAUUCGUUGCCUGUGUUUGUUCCUGGAGGAAUUCAGAGGAAUUGAUCUCUGAAUGCAGUCGUAACCUUUUUGAGCUAACAAAUUUCAAGCUUUCUUCAGAUCAGAAUGCAGCCCAUCCUGGGGAGGUGGGGAAAAGCCCCUGAGAGCCCUCUAUAGAAAAUCCUAAACGAAGGUAGGAGAUCGCAUUUUUCGUCCCAGCAAAAAGUUAAAAGUUAGAAUGGUUAUUAAUCGCCGGGUUUAACAUUAAUGUUGGAAAUGUGACAAAUCUGCGCGCCUCCCUGUAUGAUUUUCUUUGGAGGACAAGGAAUUUUCCCCUCUUGACUUGAAAUGAGAGAAGUAACCUCUGGUCCUGAGACAAUUGAGAUGUUUUAGAGCGUAAUCUAAAGCAACUACCCUUUUUUUUGGCUUCCAAGUUGUCGCAAUGUCUAUUGAUCGAAGAACAGUUUGAUUCUGAACUUCUGAUGUAAUUUCUUUUCCCCCCAUUUUUUGUAAAUUAAUCACGUCUCUUUUGAUCCACGUGGGUAGUUAAAGCUUCGAUAGUUUUUGUUUGAAGA